AUGGUUGAUGGUGGAUCUACUCACAGAUUCAGAGGUUGUUUCUAUUGUGGAAAGAAAGGUCACAGAUGGCAGCAGUGCUUCAAAAGGAAGAAGAAACUUUUGAUGAUCUGGAACUCAAAAAUGUGUUCGAUUGAGCCCACAAAGUACGUUUGUGUGUGGGUUACCAAGAAGGAUCUGUAUGAUAAGAAACCUGCUUCAGUUGGAACUGACAUUGUGAACAAGCAUGAAUCUGGUUGUCCAGAAAAAUUGUGCGUCAGACAAUUCUGUAGGGAAAAUGCAACUGCUAGGGACAAUGAAUGGUCAUUGGUUGAUCACAAGGAAGUGAAAUACAUAACUCAGAACAACAUCUGGAAUCUGAUCACAUGCUCUUCAGAUCACGGUUCAACAGGACGAAAAGGAAGUGCAAAUAUCAGCAGGGGAGAUUACAAGAAAGAUAUUUUCAUGAGUCACAACUCAUUGCUCAUGGAGAAAAGGAAGCAGUGGGUUGUCAAACUCCUUCUUACUCAGUUGAGUAUGGAAUUAAAGUGUGAAAUGUGCACAUGUAAGAACACAGACUCUGGUUGA